AUGGCGCGGCCCGGCGCGGCUAGCAGAGCGGCGGGCGGCGGGAGGUGGCGCGGAAGGGUGGCAGCGUUGGCGUAUCUCGCCGCAUUCGCGCUCGCUAUCGGGACAGCAGCAGCAGCACAAACAGCUAUACAAGAACCAGCAUCAGCAGCAGCAGCAGCACUCGUUUCACCAACUGACGUGGCAGGAGCCCCUCCCGCGUCAAUUGUUUCAGCUGCUGACGUGGAAGCAGACGCGGAAGAAGGGCAGGAGAGUCUGCAAGCGGGGCUGACUAUAGUGAACACAUCUACUGAUCCUGGUGCAGUCUGCCUGGACGGUUCCCCUCCAGCCUUCAACUGGCAUCCUGGCAGGGGCACCGGGAGGAACAAGUGGAUUCUCUAUCUUGAGGACGCAGCUCACUGCAUCGACCGCAGCUUCUCCAACUUCGGCUCCUCCACCCAGAUGGGCGACUGGCUGCUGCAAGGGCUGCUCUCCUCUAGCAGAGCAACCAACCCCGAUGGGCCACUGGCUGCUGCAAGGGCUGCUCUCCUCUAG